AAGGAGGAUCUCAGUAGUCGCUCCUUUCGUUUCCUGGUUACACGUGAUUACGCGCUACAGGAAGAGUUUUGUGACACUGUGAUGUGAAACAUUUGAAUGAGUGGAUCUGUAUGGUUUGCUUGUAGGACUGUGUCCGACUUAGAGUUAUUUCAUUACAAUGUUAGCUUCAAAAAUCGUGUGCUGCUUUUAUUUUUUUGGCUUUUGCGGUCUUGUAGUCGGUCAGUAUGUGCCACCGUAUACAGAAGAGUGCAGAAGUGGAACUUAUCCUCCUAGUGGCCCAACGUUCAAGGGCCAGGCUCCAUGGUAUAAAAUAAACCUCGAUAUUUCACCACGUCAGCGCUGGCAUCAGUUAAUAAGCGAUAAGAAAGCAGAGCUAAACAGUUUAAUCCAGGGGAUAAAAGAUUUGGCAAAUGCAUUCUUUCCUAGUGGCAAGCUUGUUGAGCUAGUGGACAAGUACAUGGGUCCUUUGGCAGACACUCUUCCCUUCCCUUUCGGAGAUGAAAUUAAAGGAAUUGCAGAGGCAGCUGAUAUUCCUUUAGGAGAGAUUGUGCUGUUCAAUGUCUUCUAUGAGUUGUUUACUGUCUGCACAUCAGUUGUAGCUGAAGAUAAAACAGGCAAAUUAUUCCAUGCCAGAAACCUAGAUUUUGGGUUAUUUCUUGGAUGGAAUGCAACAACUCAUGCUUGGAAGGUGACUGAACAACUUAGACCACUGGUGGUGAAUCUUGAUUUCCAGAGGAACAAUGCAACUGUUUUUAAAUCUGUAAACUAUGCUGGAUAUAUGGGAAUUUUGACUGGAAUUCGACCAAAAGCAUUUACUCUUACAAUGAAUGAACGUUUCAACAUUGAUGGGGGCUUUAUUGGUAUCCUUGAAUGGCUUUUGGGCAAGAGAGAUGGUAUGUGGAUGGGAUUUCUUACCCGGCAAGUCCUGGAAAAUGCUACAAGUUACGAAGAGGCAAAGAAUAAACUUGCUCAAACCAAACUUUUGGCUCCGGCUUACUUUAUACUGGGAGGCAACAAGUCAGAAGAAGGUUGUGUAAUCACUCGAUCCAGGGCUGCCAGUUUGGACAUCUGGGAAAUCAGUCUCAAGCAAGGUCGAUGGUAUGUUCUAGAGACUAAUUAUGACCACUGGAAAGAUCCCUUGUUCCUGGAUGAUCGUAGAACUCCUGCUAUGAAGUGCAUGAACCGGACAACGCAAGCAAACAUUUCCUUUGGGACCAUCUAUGAUGUUCUUUCAACAAAACCUGUGCUUAAUAAGCUGACUACCUACACAACAUUGAUGGACGUCUCUGAAGGUAAACUGGAGACAUAUCUUCGGGACUGCCCUAAUCCAUGUAUGCCAUGGUAAAGGAGGAAGAGGAGGCGUGAGCACUUGCCACUAAUCUUUGCAAGCAAUCGGAGGAAGAGGAGGCGUGAGCACUUGCCACUAAUCUUUGCAAGCAAUCAGAGAAUCAGUUCAAAUGGCAAUUUGCACAAAUACUAUCUGUGGCACUGACUUGAAGCGCAUGAGUAAUCAUGCCUUAACAAAUGCCUUCUAAUAAAUACAUUUUAGAGAAAUAUGAAAAGAUAAAAAGUGAUUUAGGCUUACUCACCCACUGGUGAAUUUACUGAAAAAAAGUAUUUUUUUUUUAAUUUCUUGAUGCAUCAAGAAAAGGCUAAAGUGUAAAUAUUUUAAAAUAAAAUAAAUGAGAAAUUAAAAAAUAACAUUUAUUCAUCUGUAAGUGCUGCUAAAACAGUAUUUAAUGAUAUAAGAACUUAAUAAAAGUGGUGUCCAAUUAGUUGAAACUGUAACAGAUUUGUUUUUAUCCUAAAUGUUUUAAAGAUGCUAGAAGUUAAAUUGACCCACCAGUCGUGAGACUAACCCGUCGUUAUGCAUGUUUCUUUUACCUCAUUUUUCUUAACUAUUAAGAUUAUCUUUAUAUUCUAAUCAAAUUUUCCCUUCAUUUAGUUCUGAAGCUAUAGCCUUAUCAUUGCAUUACUAUUUGAUUGUUCUGUACCACUCAGAUCACUCUUUUACAUCCCAGAUUAUCUCACCUCUCCCAUAAACUUCAGCCACUGCCUUUGACAGUUAACUUUGUGUAGUUUUUAAUUACUUCUCCAAAUACAGACCCAUGCUUCCUCAGAUGUGGUUGAACUCUCUUCACAUAUUUCCCUAUCUCACUUCUAGUCAAAAAUGCAAGUUCUUGCCCUCCACAAAUACAUACCUGUAGUAAGGAGCAUGUCACCUCAGCUGUGUGCACUUGUGAAGACUAAGUCAAAACUGACUGAAUAGAAUGUGUUUCUGUAAUUUUUUAUGUUCUUAGUUGUAUCUUUCUAAAAUGAUUGAUGAUGUCUGAGUUAAAUGUAAUAAGUACAGUAGGGUGUGUAUGCAUGUGGGAGAGGAACGCUUUGCCCCACCAAAGGAAAUAAAACAAGGUUUUGUUGAAA